AUUUAUUAAUACAUGCCUCCCAAAGUGCAAUAAGCCGUGAAUGUCAUUAAAGAUGAAGAAAUGUUUCUUAAUCUAAUAAGUUCUGAAAAUAAAAAGUUGGUCUUGCUCGAUGUUCAUCCAGAUUGGUGUGGUCCAUGUGAAAUGAUGCAUCCAACUUACAAAACCUUAUAGACAAGCAUCGAUGACUUUGAAAAAAGAGUCGAUAUCUACACACUAGGCUAUAGCAAAAUCGUCACUUACAAACACGAUAAAUUUAGUAACAUUCUACUCUAAUCUUCUUUAUAGACAGAGAGCCAACAAGUAAACCCAGGUUUGUCUUCUAUUAAGAAGGCAGAUUGGUUGAUGAAGUGUAAGGAGCAGACAUUCCAGCCAUCAUUGAAAGAGUUUACAAAUAUUUACCUAUGGUUUAUUGAUUAUUAUAAAUCAAAUAUAACAUUAUUUUAAGUGAC